GUGUUUCAGCCCCAGAGCCGCCAAAGUUCUUGGACGCCUUGGCCGAACGUGUCGUUAUGGGCGUGUCCGAACUGAACGUGAUAGGUGUUGUGCACGGUGCUUUUGCAGCCGGGCAAGCCGCGAGACAAAAGAAAUCUGCCCAGAACCUGUUGGAG